AUAUCCAUUCAUACAAGGCACCAGAUCGAUUGAUGUCCUAUUUUAUGCAUCUAUUUUUUCUCCCCUUCUUCCUCGAAGUCUCGAGCAACCCUAGCUCACCUUUGAUCUCAUGGCGGCACGGUUCGGACUCGGCUCCUCGUCGGCGGCAGAUCUCUUGACCGUGGUGAGCACUCCGAGCCAAGAUCUCGCACUGACCAACUUCGCUUACUGCGCCCCGGCAGAUCUGAGCAAGUUCGCCUCCCCUGGAUCGAGCGACAUCUACGCCCUCAUCGGCGAUUCCAUCGUACUUACGCUACGUGCUCAUCAGAACAUUCCUAGCAGUCAUGUAGCUCUCAAUGCAAUCCAACGUCGGCAUAUAAGAGUUUCCUCUGGUGAUCAAAUCUCAGUUAGCAGAUUUGUUACUCCUGAUAACUUUAAUCUAGCAUUGCUUAGGCUUGAUCUGGAUUUUGUUAAAGGAAAAACCAAUAGAACUGAGCAAUUGGAUGCUGUAGUUCUUGCACAGAAAAUUCAGGAGAAGUUCGUUAACCAGGUUAUGACAACUGGGCAAAAGGUAUCAUUUGAAUUUUGCGGAACAAAUUAUAUUUUUACAGUUAAUCAAGCACUUCUAGAAGGCCAAGAUGAUGCCAAAGGCUUAGACAGAGGAAUAAUAUCUACUGGAACCUAUUUUGUGUUUGAAGCUUCUCCAAAUUCUGGCAUUAAGAUCAUUAAUCAGCGUGAAGCUGUUGGCAGUAAAAUAUUCCGUGAAAAGGAGUUUGAUCUUAAGAAGCUGGGAAUAGGAGGACUAGAUACUGAAUUUAUAGAAGUUUUUCGAAGAGCAUUUGCCUCUCGAGUUUUUCCUCCCCAUGUUGUUAAUAAAUUGGGUAUGAAGCAUGUUAAAGGGAUGUUGCUCUAUGGCCCCCCUGGUACUGGAAAAACACUUAUGGCUCGUCAGAUAGGGAAACUAUUGAAUGGAAGGGAGCCAAAGAUUGUCAAUGGUCCAGAAGUCCUAAGCAAAUAUGUUGGAGAAUCAGAGAAAAAUAUUAGAGACUUGUUUGCUGAUGCUGAGCAGGAACAGAGUACCAAAGGUGAACAGAGCGACUUACAUGUUAUCAUAUUUGAUGAAAUUGAUGCUAUUUGUAAGUCAAGAGGUUCUACUAGGGAUGGUACUGGAGUUCAUGAUGGCAUUGUCAACCAGCUUCUUACAAAGAUAGACGGCGUUCAGUCAUUAAACAAUGUAUUGCUUAUUGGAAUGACCAAUCGGAAGGAUUUAUUGGAUGAAGCUCUACUAAGGCCUGGGCGAUUAGAGGUUCAUGUUGAAAUCAAUCUCCCUGAUGAGAAUGGCCGUUUCCAAAUUCUUCAGAUACAUACUAGUAAAAUGAAAGAAAAUUCUUUUCUUGCUGCUGAUGUAAACCUUCAACAGCUCGCUGCACGAACUAAAAAUUACAGUGGGGCUGAACUGGAAGGUGUUGUUAGAAGUGCUGUCUCAUAUGCCUUGAAUCGACAGAUAAGCUUCGAUGAUUUGACCAAGCCCUUGGAUGAGGAGAGCAUAAAAGUCACUAUGGAUGAUUUUUUGAAUGCUCUUCAUGAGGUUGGACCAGCUUUUGGUGCAUCAAUGGAUGAUCUUGAACGACGCAGGCUUAAUGGGAUUAUCGAUUGUGGUGAGAGGCACAAACGGAUCCAAGAGAGAGCCCUGCUUCUUGUGGAGCAAAUCAAAGACAAUCAGAGCCCACUUGUUACAUACCUUCUGGAAGGUCCAAGUGGCAGUGGCAAAACUGCAAUGGCAGCUACAAUUGGUAUAGAGAGUGAUUUCCCAUAUGUCAAGAUUAUAUCUGCAGAAAGCAUGAUUGGUCUCGGUGAAGCAAGUAAAUGUGCACAAAUUGUCAAGGUUUUCGAGGAUGCUUACAAAUCUCAACUGAGCUUUAUAAUUCUUGAUGAUAUUGAGAGGCUGUUAGAGUAUGUACCUGUUGGGCCACGUUUUUCCAAUUUGAUUUUGCAGACAUUGUUGCUCUUUCUUAAACGGCUUCCUCCAAAGGGUAAGAGCUUGAUGGUGAUUGGAACAACGAGUGUGAUGGAUUUCUUAGAGACUGUUGGUAUAUUUGGUGCAUUCUCAAUUUCAGAUCAUGUUCCGAACUUGGACAGGGAAGAUGUUAAGAAGGUGCUGAAACAGCUCGACGUAUUCUGUGAAAAUGAGCUUGACUAUGCUGUUGAAGAAGUAAAUGAGAUAUCAAUCAAGAAGCUAUAUAUGCUAGUGGAGAUGGCCGCAGUAGGUCCAAAAGGAAAAAGUGCAAAAGCAAUUCAGUCCGGGCAAGAGAAGAUUGAUCUCAACUUUUUCUCGAGUAUACUGCGUGACAUAUGCAAGAACCAUGUUUUCUCUUCCUUUUGACCCAUGUUUAUCUACUUGCUCCUAAGAACAACAAAAGAUAUCUACUUUUUUUUUUUCCUCAUUUAAAUUUGUGGCAAGAUCUUUGUCGGGUCUAACCAUACGAUCAAGUUGAAGUUUGUGUUUAUGGGUCAGUAUUGCAAAAUUGAUAUCUAUUUAUUUCUGAGCGAUGAUGGUGUCUGAAUGAA